AUGCUCCGCUCAAGACCUCGACAGCAGCAGCUUCUGCAUCCGUCCCAGCGACGGAUCUGGAGCUAUGCGUCGGACCUCGUGGCCUGGAUGCGUCAAGGCACCCGCAACGAGACUCUGGACGGCCCCAUGACCGUCACGGCGCCGCCGUCGCCGUCUGGCAACCGGGACGUUCUGCUGCCUCGUCUGUCCACGAAGCGCGUGCUGAGACCGCAGCUGCCUCCUGACGUUCCGUUUCCGACGUUCCAGCGCUCGGUGGACUCGGACAAGAGAAAAGGCGCCACGUUUGCACUCAGCCACUUCUUGCAGCAGGUCAGACAGGUGCCGACGUCCAAGCAGUUGCUGGAGACGUGGCAGCUCGUCUCGCAAUGUCGCCCUUUUGUGCUGCAUCCCACGCAGAAAGGAGCUCCUCUCCGAGUCCGACUUGCGUCAGCUGAUGACGUGGGUGGAAAAACACAACGCCCUUGGAUGCUGCAGCUGGUGCCUGGUGACGUCUUUGCUGAGCUCACAGCCGACACUUCGGCCCGCUCGAUGGUGGUGGGGACAACAGGCGCGGGUCUAAAGGAUGCGGACGUGGUCGUGACCAAUGAGACGUUGGUCCUGGGCAAUCUGGUCAAAGCCUUCCAUGAGAUGAAGGAGCACGGGCUAGCUGUGGCCUUCUUUGAGGCGUACGACCAUGACCGAAGUGUCUGGUUGCAGAAAUACCAUCAAGGAGCAGCUGCUGACGUGGAGGGUGAUGACGAUGUGAUUCAGGACGAAAAAGAAGUUGAAGGCAAGUCCAGGUUGAUAGGGAAGAGAAGUUCGAUGGAGAGAAUCACGCAGCAGCCGCGUGCUGUGUAUUCAUGCUACCUGCGUUCUCUAGCAGCUUUGAAGCAGUCAAAGAAGAUUGUGCGGCUUUUUGAGGAGGACGAGCGCCAGCUUGAGCGGAUCUGUAGUACAGUGCCCAACUUGCGUGUGGUUGUUCGUGCGUGCUACAGUGAGAAGAACGGUGAGCUGGCGCGGCGAGCGAUUGAUACGAUCGCUACAUUCUCUCCUGCCGCUGUCAUUUCGCUGGGUUGCUACGAACUUGCUAUCCGAGCUAACUUACGCGACCGCAAUCGUGGUGAGCGAGAGUUGCUGUCGGCGGUCCACCUCUCGCGAGCUCUGCAUAACGAUGGCGGCUACAUUCUCAAACCUGACAUUUGGUCCGGGCUCAUCAAGGUGAGCAUGCGUAUGGGUCGGCCGGAUCUUGCGCUCGAAGUUUUCAAAACUUAUCCGCGCCACUACAUACCUGAGCAUCAAGCCAAUUUCCGUCAGGUGCUUCUUACAGCGUGCCGUCACGUAGAUUCCACUGUGCUUGAAAUGAUGCAGUUUCGCUGGGCCAGUCGCGAUGGCAAAGCCUCCAGCACGGAGACUUUGCCUGAUGAGAGAAAGGUAUCGGACGAUGGCAUUCAUCUUGAUGGCUCUGGUGUCAGAGGGUCGUCGACUGGAACUGCGGUGGAAGCGGCAAAUCUUUCUGCGGCGGACAAGGAAGCUGAAACGGUGCUACUCAACGCUAUGCUUUGGCUAAUGCUCAAUCAGAGCCAUGAUGUGUCAUCGCUCAUCCAGGUUAUCGACAUCAUGGAAGCCACUUGCUCGAAAGCUGGUGCAACGGCUUUGCUAAGAACUGUGUCAAGUAUGUUUGAGUACGACAUGAGCCAAAACAAUAUGCUGCCUCGUGCUGCAAUCGAGAGCUCGCUGAAGUUCUGGACAGCACAUUCUUCUGUACUAUGUGGCCAGGGUUUUCUGGUGCGCCUGCUACUCGAGAAGUGUGUAGAACAUCGGUGGGAUGAUGAGUGCGAGAUGCUGGUGGAUCAUUUGCUGGACAUCGACGUUGCUCGUCUACCGGUCAGCUCAAUCACCAAGUUGAUGGAAACAAACGAAUCCCGCGGGCGCUUUGAGGCCAACGCUCGCAUCGGCGACAAGCUCCUGCAGAAACUCUCACUGACGAACCGUCAGAAGCUUCGCGACGGCUUUUACGAGCGCUACCUGAUGAGCUGCCUUCGUCUGGAACAAUUCGACAAAGUGAGUAAACUGCACGCCAAGUUUAAGCUUGAGAAACGGUACCCUUUCAACGAGGUCAUUCGGAAGAUUGUUCGGGAUGCUGCAGCACGAGAAGGAUGA